AUGAAGUCGCAAUUCUUGACAUUUGACGUCUCAACUUUGAUUAUUACUCUCGGUCUCAUCAUAGGAAUAUAUGCAUUCCGGUUCUAUUACAACUACUUUACACGAGAAAACCCACUCCCGGGUCCAUUUCCUCUUCCCUUAAUUGGUAAUCUCUAUCAAUACAAUGGAGGUGAUUUCUCUCUCUGGAUUAACAGCUUCCAAAAGAAAUAUGGGGACAUGUUUGAACUCUACAUAGCGACUGAACGGCAAAUUUGGUUAAAUAGAGCUGACCAAUUGGAUAAAGUCAUGAGUGCAUCUACCAAAACUGCAUUCCCAGUAAGAUUCUCGCCAAGUGAAGGUCUAGACGAGUUGGGCAUAUCCAAGCACGCAUUGGCCUUCAACUCUGAUUUGAACUCGUGGAGGUUCUACAGAAAGUUCUUUGAUCGAGCCAUGACACCCAAGGCUUACAAAGAAGCAAUCGUAGUGACCGAGAAAUGCUUCAAAGAAUUAACCGGAUACUGGGAUAAAUUUGGUUAUGAUAAUGUCAUCGAUUGUCCAUCAUGGAUACGUCGAUGUAUUGGUGAUACUAUUAUGUUUAUGACUCUUGGAAAAAACACCCAGACGAUGGCUAAAUAUUUUAGCAUUUUGCGUCCAUCUGAGAAAGUCGAGAUUAACCAGGACUUGUUUGCAGAGACAGAGAAAUUAAUCCAAAGCGUCCACAGCUUCUUCAUGGCCGCACAGUUUUUCUUAUUCUUCCCUCGAUUCGUUAGGAAUACUGUGUUUAGAUUUUUCACAAAGAAGUUAGUUGCGACGUAUAAUUGGUCUAAGGAGGUCGUUUACGGGAUAAUUAGAGAGAGAAGACGGGUUAUUGAAAAUACCCCGGAUAACGUACCGUUAAAGCCGGACUUGUUGAGUAUGUAUAUCACUGCAAACACCAAGAGAGAUCUUAUUAACGACAAGCUUCGAAGUGAAUGGAAAGAUCCCAUGACCGACGAGGAGAUUAGAGUCAUUAUAUGGGAGGUUAUUAUUGGAGCGUAUGAAACGACGCCUCCUACAUUUGGAUUUGUUGUUGAUUGUAUCGAGCGUGAACCAGAGGCCAAGCAACGAAUGAUUGCUGAGAUUGAUGCCCACUUUGCUGAAGAUCCAGAUCGUCCGAUAACUUAUAACGAUUUAAGUGAGCUUGUAUAUUGUGACGCCGUCGUCAAUGAAGCACUCCGUCUUCAUCCUCCCGGACCACUAAACUUCCGCUACAGCCAUCGUGACGAGGAAGUCGGAGGCUACAAAUGGAAAGCGGGCACUCAAUUUGGUAUUAACUUCAGAGCAGUACACAGGUGCCCAUCACACUGGCAAGAUCCAGAUAAAUUCUUCCCUGAACGAUUUCUUAUUUCCAAUGCCGAGAAAAAUUCGUUCUUACCCUUUGGAGCCGGAAUGAGGAUGUGUGCUGGGAAGACUCUAGCAUUGACAAUCAUCAAGACGUUGCUAGUGUCAUUCUACAGAAAGUACAACGUAAGAUUGGCUAAUCCGGAUUCGCCUUUGAAAUUUAGUUUUAGAUUGGUCAAUGCUUGUGAGGGGGCUCAAGUGCGCAUUGAGCCUAGGAAUUUAAAAGAUGAAGGGGAAAUGAUGUAA